CGUAAAUUGAUCAGUGACGAGAAAGAAGUAAUUCGUGUUUAUCGGUGUGCACUGUGAUAUGAGAAUCUAGGAACGCCGGUUGGGAAACGGGACGCAUGACAAACGGACACGAGGGCGUUAUCAGGUGAGGGUUCAGCAGCUUUCGGCGACGCGAUCGAGAGAUGUCGAAUGCCGGCGGCGCGGACAAUCCGGCGUUCGCCAACGAGGACGAGCGCGUCGGCAACUCCAAGCUGGAGAACGGCGGCAAGCAACCGGCCUUGGAUCAGGAUCGCAAGUCCUCAACAGCGGACGGCGCGCCGCUAGAAAAUGGCCAUCAGCGAUCCUACAUAUCGCAGCACUACGUCGAGCCUGUCAAGCCCAGCUCGGAGCAGUCUUACAAAACGGAAACGCGAAUCGAGCUGCCGGCCGAUGACGCGGAAAAGAGCACGUCCGAGCCGAAGAAGCUCAACGGCGUUCACGGGAACGGCAACAACAAUGACGCCAGCUUCCUCAAUAACAGCGCCACGAGCGUACAGGUCAACGAGUCUGGAAAGAAGGAGCAGAUCGAGGCCGUAAAUCUAGAACUCGUCUCAAUGAGGCCGUACACGGGUAACAAUAUCCAGACGAAAGGUCAGGAAGCCUGUGAAGUGCCAACUGAUCCUUACGAGGAGUACUUCGUGCCAGUUAAUGAGCAUCGAAAGUACAUCAGCAGGGGUCCCGAGGCCGAGGUUGAAACGACCGUGGCUGGAGUGCGUUUUGAUUUGGGCCCGGGCGUCGGCCGCGAGGGACUCAGCCUGAGAGACCCCGCCGCCGGACUGGUCGACUAUUCCCACUGGCUGACAGCCCUCAGGGGCGAGAAGCUUUACGUCACGAAGGACAAGAGGUCCAAAAAUUCGCACUGGAGAAGAAUGGCCUGGGGAUGCGCGCUCUUGGUCGUGACAAUUGCCGUGAUUAUCGUCAUAUUGGCCGCAAUAACACCGUCAAGUCCACCACCGUUUACGUCAAGUUUCCCGCCGUGGCGUCCGACCGACGAAACAAUAUAUCAAACCGUACCGAACGCAUUAGACGGAGUUCUGCGACUGGACAAUCUCAAUUGGAGCGACGAUUUGAGCGAUGUCAAGUCGCGAGUGUACAGACAAGUAAGCGACGAAAUAAAGCAGCAUCUAGAAAAUAUCCUUCAGCAGACAGACAACGCGUCUGUUGUCAAAGUGUAUGAUAUCAAUAAAGAAGGCGAAGUAAAAUUCAGAAUAAGCCAUCCGCCGUUUAACACGCCUGGGGAAAGUCAAAAAUACAUCGAAGAGAUAUUGCAAAAGGAAGGUAACAUGAUCGGACAAUAUCAUUUGAAUAGACUUCAAGUGGAAAAACUUAUCGAUCAGUGUGAACACGGCAAUCUCGAGUGCACCGGAAACUGUAAAUACGAUUACUUCGCGGUUGCAUUUACGUGUACUUGCAAUUCUGGAAAGAGCUUGGAUCAGGAUGGCAAAACUUGUAACGAUAGCGACUUGAGUAAUGUCGAAAUGGACGAUACGAAGCCGCAAUCCGGCACAGAAUCAAUUCAUGAUAUUGUUAAGGGUAGAAGCGAGUCCGGAAAUACGGACGCGAGUCAUCCCAACACUUGGAAGAAUCCGGACUUUAAAUCGACAGAAUCUGAAAUGGAUGACAUUCACUCACACUCACCUAUAGAACAGCAGACCGAAUCUACACCAACGACGAUAUACAUACACAUGGUGCCAAAUGAUAAUUGGAAUCACGAGCAUUCGCAUCAUUCAACAGAAGCUACACCCGAACCCGAACCUUCUAUUAAACCAGAAGAACCAACAGUACAAUCAUUUACCGUCGCCACAGUUGAAUCAGAGCUCACUGCUGAACCAGAACCCCCUGCUAAGCCCGAGCCCACUGCUGAACCAGAGCCCUCUGUUAAGCCAGAGCCCACUGCCGAACCAGAAUCGACUGCUAAAUUGGAGCCUUCUGCGCAACCAGAACCAACUUCCGAACCAGAACCUACUGCUGAACCAGAACCUAGUGCCGAACCAGAGUCUAGUGCUGAACCAGAACCCAGCGCUGAACCAGAACCCAGCGCUGAACCAGAGCCCAGCGCUGAACCAGAACCCAGUGCUGAACCAGAGCCUAGUGCUGAACCGAAACCCGCUACAGAGCCGACUGCUUUUGAACCUACAACCGUAUCGGAACCUGCUGCCGAACCAAAACCUACGUCCGAGCAAGAGCCUAGUGCAAAGCCAGAGCCGAUUGAUGUGCCAGACUCUACAGUUGAACCAGAGCCUAGUGCUGAACCAGAACCAGAGCCUAGUGCUGAACCAGAACCCACUGCAACAUCGGAAAUUACUGUCGACGCGAAAUCUAUAACCGAAAAAGAACCUACUGUGGAACCAGUGCCUGUCACGGAACCAACAGCAAUUUUCAAUGAAGCGAAUCACGAUAUAAAAUCAAGUACGGAAUCAUAUUUGAUAACAACACACUCACAUUUGAAAUCAGACACUGAAAUAUCUAGUCAGCCAGAACCGACCGCUGAACCAAUUCCUGCCGAACCAUCUACACAAAUAUCACUUUUAGACGACGAGAAUACAACUGACGUAUCCAAAUUCUUAAUCGAUUCAAGAAAUGAAAACAACAAUUCCAAAGAUGAUGAUUCGUUAAUCACCACUGCAAAGUCUAAUGAAAAUCCAAUAGAUGAUGACGCUCCAUUGCGCGUAAUACCUUUAACAUCAAAAAAUCAUUCCACAGAUAAAAACAGUGAUACGCAAAUUAUAACGGAAUCAACAACAAUACAAUCUUACACUACAAAGAGUGAUAAAAUUGGUGAAAAUGCAACCAUUGAGAAGGAUCUUAUUAUUUUAAAUAAUGAAGAUUCAAAACAGAAUAAUGAAGAAUCAGGCGCGGAACAAUCUACAUUAAGUCCCGAUCGCCAGAAAGAUAAAGAAAGUGACUCUACCAUAGAACUUGAUUUAAUAACCAAACAACAAUCAAGCACUAGCUCGGAUAUUUUCAAACCCAGUUCAACUACUAUGUCACUGGAAGAAAAAAUAGAAUUAACUACUCUUAGAUCCACGCUUAGCGAUAGACAUUUCCAUACGAUAGAAAUAAAUGGCGUAAGUAAUAAAAAUUCAGAAAUUUAUAAUAAACCUGAAAUACACGAGACAACUACAACACCAGAAAUUGCUUCUAUCGACACGUCCACUCAGCCAAUAGCUGAGGAACACGCACGUCAGAAGGAAUCCGAUAUACCAAUUUCGAAUGAGAGAAAUGUCAUCGAACAUAUGCCGACGACAGUCUUUCCUAAAAUACCGAAAGAUUUCGCGAAAAAUGUCGAGCCGUUGAGAAAACCGGACGACGAGCACAUCAUGCUGAUACCGAAAUUCGAACAACCUAUAGAAUUACACGCGAUAAUUCCGCAGCUCAUUCCGGAACAAAGUGCGCAACCCGCAAAUAAAUCUUCGAAAGCGGAAAAUUCGACGACAGAAACCAGUAACGAGACAGCGGUUAACGAAAAUGUGCACGCGAAAAAGCCCAUGAGAAAUUCGACUUCGUUCGGUUCACCCACAGUGCGUGCUGACGAGAAUAUCGUUCGUACGGAUAAUAAUCGGCAAGCGGUUCGGCCUGAUGAAGUCCAAGAACAUUCCACGAGCCACCCCCUUCACCCGGCGGUAUUUCCCGAAAAUUCAGUAGAUCAUCACGCAGGAAAAUCUGACGUGACUGACGAUCGACACGUUGAGGAUAUGUCGCCGUUCCUGCCGGACGUUCACAAGGAAAAAGAAAACGCGAAAAAAGCACCGCGGCUGGAUAAGGACGAACAAGAAGUUCCCAAUCCUUUCGAAACCCACAUCGACGACGUUAUAACGCAUCGGCCCUUAAUACGCACUAAUACGGGCGACACGAAACACCGAGUGAAUGAAACUGAAACCAAAGAUUUGUUAAACGACGUUAACUCACAUUCGGCGAGUGAUGAAAGGAAGACAGAUAUCGCGGAGAAUAAUGCGGAAAAUCGUAAAAAAAAUAUAGAUGACGGAAGCAACAGCGUUAAAGACACUGUUAAGAAUGAUUUGGACGUUAGCGAAGUCGAUGGAAAAUCCAAAAUUGAAAAUGUAUUGCAUCAAGAUGAUAGUUUUGCGAAGUCAAACGAUGACAUAGCAGAAGAUAUGAAUGAAAAAAGCAACGGUUCCUCUGAAGAUGACGAAGAAACAUUGAGAGUGAUUCCAUUGACGGUAGGAGAUAAAUCGAUAGAUUCAAUUUCUCAAACAACAACGCAAUCUGUAGGCAAGAUAACACCAAACGAGCCCGUUGAAAGUACUACAACUUCUGCCGGGAAGAAAGUGGAAAAAGAAGUUGCAAGUUCGGCGGUAGAAAGUAGUACGACCAGCUCGGAGAAACCGGAAGAGAACGCUGUGGAGGAUCAAUACAACGACAUUACAGAUGAAACUUUGUUAAAAGGAUACCGACAUGAUAACGCCGACAAGAACAUUCCGGUUAAAGUUGCCGAGGAAUCCAAGAAAGCGGUUUUUAACGACAUUGAUACUGUCUCUCGUAAAGCCACGCCUUCGACUACCGCAUUUGAUACCAUGAAGGUAAGAAACGAGACGAACGAGGAAAUAUCUUCCGAUACGACGCAAAGUCCGACGACUGCGAAAGACGCCUUGGGUAACCAAAUGGAAGACGCCAGAUUGACCACACAAGAACCUGUGCUACCAAUGGAAAUCCAACAAGAAUUAUCAACGACCGUAGCAACCGACAAGGUCGAAAUCACCACAAUGAUCGAUGAUAAUAAGCGAGAACAAAAUAAUGCGGAAUUAUCGAACGUUGGCCGAUCCGAUGAGAAAGAAACCGUGACGACGGUGCAGAUUGCAACGACUCAAUCCACGCUAGAAACCAAGACCACAGCUCAAAUCCCGAUCUUGCCUGAAGAGCUGCAGACAACGGAAAGCGACGUGUUAAUGACAACGUCAGCGACGCCGAGAGAAGAGGAAAAAGUGACGCAGGCAGCUAAGAAGAAAACGGAGUCGGAAGUUUCGACAGGAAGUGUUAACAACAAAAGUAACGAGAAAGGAAACGCUGUCACGCAUAGCGCCGAACUGGACAUCGAUGCGAACAGUACUUCGUCGGAAAGAAGCAUGGCUGCGACGAUAGUGCACAAAAGUAAUUCGAACGUGGAAGCGAUGGCUGAGAAUUCGACGGAGAGCGCGAAGGUCGAGACGACAGAAAAGAAUAUCGCAUAUAGCGUAGAAACCUCAUCAAUACCUUACGAUGUCACCACCGUGGAAGAUGUCAGACCGGUGACGGAAGUGCUAGAAGACGACACGCAACCUAUGAUAGAUUACAGAAUGCUGUUCAUCACGACAACGCCGAGAUCGAUCAUGAUCGAGCAGAGUUCGGAUGAAUUGUCCGACGAGGCGCUCAGAGUGAUACCGCUGGAAAAGAGUCAGGAGAGCAAGAAAAAAGCGGACAAGAAGGGUUUCGACAAGUAUAAAUAUAAGAAAGAGAAAGAUCUGAGCCUGGAAGAGCAGGACGAGGAAAAUGUAUUAACGGAAAGUUCUGAUCCAAUCACUCUUUCCCAAACAGAAUCGUCGAAAAUUAUUGUCGCGGACGACAAAGAGCUGAGCGAUAGCGCGGUGAGCUCCGAUUUAGACCCGGGUGUGCCCAGGCUUAUCGUAACCGACACAGAAGGCAAUAUCGUGCCGAUACCAAAGCUGAAGACCGCAGAAAAUCUUGACAUUCAUGACGAUGACGAAAAUAAGGGAACGGUCGCGGAAGCGAAGCCUAAGAAUUAUCCCAAUUUCAUACCCGUGUCGGAGGAAAUAAUCGAAUCGGCGCCGGUCACGGAGCCCUACGUGAUCAUGCGAAAUUACACUUAUCGUCCUGCGAUCGGAGGGAAAAAUGCUGCGGGCGAGGCGGCGAUCGAAGGUCGCGCGAGUGACCCAGAAACGGAUCUCUCGCAUGGCGACGUGAGAACAACGGACGCGGAUGGCGAACAACCUGUCUCUUUUGUCUUGGAUCAAUCGUUCGGCGACACCGUGGAGGCAAAAGUGGAUCGCGUUACGAAAGAGCCGACCAUGAUCCGAACGACCGUGCGAACUACGCCGUUGGAUGUGGAUGACGAGAGCGCGACUGCCGUCGCCAGCAGCUUCGCAAAAUCCAUGCCGAACGUGAUCCUGUCGAAAUGCACCGCGGGUCAAUUUCAGUGUAUCAACGGUACGUCCAGAGACGGCGCAUACUGCGUGCCGCUAUCCGCCAAAUGUGAUUCCGAGAACGAUUGUUCCGACGGCUCGGAUGAAUUGAAAUGCGUGGAAGAGGGUUGCCCGGGCAAUUUCCGCUGCGCCAGUGGACAAUGCCUGAAGAGACACCUCGUGUGUAACAAGAUCGUCGACUGCGACGACGGCAGCGACGAGCACGAUUGCGAGAACUGGAAGUGCCAGUCGGACGAAUUCAAGUGUCAAAGCGGAAGAUGCAUUCCAGCGCUAUGGCAAUGCGACGGUCGGCCCGACUGCGAAGACCAUCGAGACGAGCACCAUUGCGCCGAAAGCUGCGGCAAUAACGAAUAUCUGUGCCCGACAGAGAAAUGGUGCAUUCCGCAAACCUGGCGAUGCAACGGAAUUUCCGAGUGCAUUAACGGGGAAGACGAGAAGCUCUGCGAUUGCGCUCUAGAUCAAUUCAAGUGUCAAGUCGGUGGAUGCAUUCCCUUAACUCAAGUUUGCGAUGGCAUUGAGAACUGUCCGGAUCAUUCGGACGAAUGGAGCUGUCUAAUAGUCAAUGUCACUGCGGACAGAAACCUAACUGAUACAGAAACAGAUAGCAAUGCCGAUAAGAAUGUGGCGAGCGAAUUGACUGAUCGCGUGCCAUUCUUAAAAAUAAGACAAUAUGACGGUGAUUAUCAAUUAGUUUGCUCGGACGGAUGGAGCGAGGAAUUCAGCGAUUCCUAUUGUCGUGCUUUGGGAUUUGUUGGAGCUGAAACUACCAAAUUGUCCGACUUGGAUGAAAAACUAUGGGACCAGAACCGAAAAAUCUUAAGACUGAAAGCUAAUCCAAAUCACCGUCAAUCGCUCGUCACAAAUCUAGAGCAAGUAGAAUUUUGCGUAUCGGAUAAGGUCGUGCAAGUUUCGUGCCAAGAAUUCUCGUGCGGCCUGCACUAUGCUGAAGGACCAAGCGCGAGAUUGGCGGAUGGAAUUCCAGCCAGCGAUGGACAAUGGUCCAGCGUGGCUUUAUUGAAAGAGCUAAAACACGGAGCUGUUUGUACAGCCAGUAUACUAGGUCCUAUGCACGCUCUCGCCAGUUAUUCCUGCGUUUAUAGAUACAAAGGACAGAGCGAAUGGCAACUUUUAACUGAUGGCAAUAUGUUGAAAGGGCAUACCGUUAAAAAUAUCAUACCUUAUCCGCAAGUAAAAUAUAAUCAGUUCCUCUACAACAAUGAUAUCGCCCUAAUUGAAUUAGACGAGCCGUUAGUAUUUUCCAGAAAUAUUAGCGCUAUGUGCCUUCCCAGACAGCCUAUUCAGCCGAGACAGAUUUGUGUAACGGCAGGAUGGGGAUUCCCUGUGAACGGUCAAAUAGACUUGCAACAAUAUCUCAAAUUCUUGCCCGUCCCGACGUACGACUCCGACAAAUGUAACUCGAGUCAUUACGCGGGAUUCAUCACGGAACACAAUAUAUGCGCAGGAUUCACUGACAUGGAUAAAGGCCCUUGUUAUAAUGACGAAGGAGCGCCAUUGAUGUGUGUCAGUGAAUCGCAAGGUGCAUCGGAAAGAUGGGAAAUUCAGGGUUUAUUAAGUCAUCACAGCAGAUGCUCGAGAGGCCAUCCAGCGAUUUACUCGAGCUUGGAACCAGCACUCUCGUGGCUGCGUGAAUCAGUGCCAGCUUUGCGAACGCAAAGCUAAAUCAAUAUUGUAUGGAUAUCUCGAAUUAUACGAGAAAUCGGUACUUUAUGAUAUUGUACA